CAUAUUCGAGUCGGUUGCAAUCGAAUUUGGGUCCUUCUAUUGAGUCUUAGAGAUUUGGAUCCAUAUAGGUUGUAUUCUUUUGGAUUUAAUUUGGGUCCACUCUUUUCGGUUCCAAAUAUACUAUACCUAUAAAAUACCCAGAAAUUUUGGGUAUCAUUUGGUUCGGGUUUCAGUAGGUUACUUUUAUCAAAAUCCGUCUAAAUUACCAGAAACCCAUCAUUUUUUGGAACACAACACAUUUCAUUCAUGUUCUUAAUUGAUUACAAAGAUAAAAACAAUAUUGUUUCGGUUUGAACAUUUUUGAAUCAGUUCUUCCAGGCCUAGUAUGUUCAUUUUGCGUUGUCGCCAAUGAAUUUGCCAAAAAAAAUAUGUUUUAUUUUCAUUAAAUUUUACCCAAAAAAAAGAAAUAAAAGAGAUUAAUUCAGGCGCAAACAAAUAGAAAAAUGCAUGAAAAAAACUUGAUAAACAAGUAAAUGACUUUUUUUUUUUGUAACAUCAAGUAAAUGACUAUAUUCCCAUCAGUUGAUUAGCUUGCUUAAACCUUUCCGGCCUCUUAUUUACUUAAGGUUUUUGGUGCAGAUGUUAAGAGUCAAUCAGUUGUUUACAAUCUCAGGUUCGCUCGAGUUACGUCUGUACAUCUUUUGUUCGAGAUCUAUUCAAGAAACAAGAAAAAUGUGGAGUGUAUUUUGUUGUUGUCAAUUUCUCAUAAUAUGCUUUCUUUUGCGAAAUGUCAUUUUCUGUCACAAAUUUCGGUAAACGUGUAGAUAUUAUCUUCAUAAUCAAAGUUGGUAUCACGAGAGAGAAAUGUCAACAACUUUUUGGAGGAAAUGAGUCAUGCUCUUUGUUUAGGAUCAUUUUGUUAACAAUUAUAACAUUUUUAUUACAAAAAAAUAGCUCUUUUAAAUUUUUACCAGAUCCUAAUCCGUGCGACCGCGCGGAUAUUAAUAUUUUUUUUUUAAUUUGUAAUAUUUGAUUGUUUUACAUUCACUUAGUCAUGAAUUUUUUUAGCGUGUUAAACCAUCUAUUGUACGACGAAUAUUCGAUAUCAUAUAAAUAAAUUCAACAUAUAUAUGUAUGUAAUUAGAAAAUUGUAUACAAUAUAUAAAAACAAUGUUUUUAAAAUAUGAAGAAAUAAAGAACUAUGACUUAGUGUGCCAUAGAAAAUAUUAUAAAAUAGUUAUUCAUGUUUAAAGAAAAUACAAUUUAUUAAACUUCUAUAAAAAAAUUUACAUAUAAAAUGAUCGAUUAAUAAAAUCAGGGUGUUUUAAGUUAAAAUUUAAUUUAGGCAAAGACAUUAACUGAACUGGAAAAGACAUGAAUUAAAUAAGAUAGUUUAAUUUAAUUUUCAAUGGCAUGGAAGUGUAAAUAACUUUGAAAACUAAGAGACAAUUUAUAUUGGUACUUCUCUUUUUUUUUUUUGAAAGAAUUUUAAAUUUAUUCAAAUAAAAAAAAAACCUUGAUACAGAGAUUCACUGCUUCCUUACUACAAAUAUUGAAAUCAGAAAAACUUCAAAAAUCUCAUAAUUCCUUUAGCUUCUUCCAAACCAAUUCUCCAUUGUUUUUUCAUGCUUCCCUCCUGCUUUCUUUCUAAACGAGGUGAUUAUGUUGCGAACUAUCUUGUCCAAUCUAUCAAUCAGACAUGAAACUGGUUGGGAAGGCUCACCCACCCUUCUCACAUUUCUCUCAUGCCAAAUAGCAUAGGCCACCACUUGCAGACAAUAUCGCAUCAAAAAAGUCAUACCUCUCCCUUGACAUCCUUUCACUAUUAAUAAUAGUGAAAGUAGAGAUGUUAACCUCUACUUGUAUUUUAGCUCUAAAAAACCUUUUCUUGUAUUCGUAGAGAUUUAUAUAAAGAAAAAUCUAAAGAUUAGUCUCUUAAUUUUGGAGCAAAUUCCAAGGCUUAAAUCCUAUGUUUUGUUUAAUGUGAUAUAGUACCAACUAUUUCUUUUACGAUCAGGGGCGGAUCCAGGAUUAUAUUUAAAUGGGGGCACAUGAAAAUUAUACAUUAUAUUGUUUUAAUUGGGGGCACUCCUUAUGUUUUAUACUAAUAACUAUAGAAAAUUAAAAGACCCCAUACCCUUGGCUUUGCGUCCACCAGUGUUUACAACAUAGUAGAAGAGAAGAGAAUGUAGUUAAUCAAUAUUAUAUAAAGGAGAUAACUAGAUCUCUUGGUGGUUGAAAGCCAACAACAAAUCAUUAUACGUACAUAAAAGGGGCCUAAAUCAUGCCAAGGAAGUUGGUCACUCUGCCAUGAUAUAAUAUAUAAUACUCUACUAAAAAUUAAUUAUUUCAUUUAUAGAGCUUGUGGAAUCCAUAUGUAUGCACCCACCCUCUUUAUACUAGUCUUCUCUGUUUCGUUUUGCUUAGUUAUGCCAUCAAUUUUUGAAUGACGAAUUGGAUUAUAGAAGCAAAAUAUGAUGAGAUAGCGCUGUACUUUCUUUAGUAACAUGUAUUUUCAAUUUGGUACAUCCUUUCAAAACGUUAUUGAGUACGUAAAUGCACAAGUAGAUAACCUUUUCACUUGUAAGAUCACCUUAGAUAUGGGAAAUGGAAAUAGUUAUAUCAAUGAUUAUUGGCAUGUCACAUGAAUAAUAAAAUAACAGUAUAUCAUAAUUAAAAUUUAAACGCUAAAACUUAAUAGUAAUAUGCCGAAUAAUAACAAAAUGUUUCACAAUGACCACAAAACAAUGUCUAUACAUAAUUUAGUGCCGUAUUAUUUUUGUAUAUAUGAUCUACCACAAAAAAGUUGUUCAUUUUGCAAAAGUCAACUCAUUCUUUUAUAUGAAAAGUCCACUCUUUGAAAGUUUUUAUAUUGUUAAGAUGAAAAAAAUAUACUCAUAAAUGGGGCCAAGUUAUGGUUAUAAAAGCUAGCGUUGGCCUUAAUAAUCACAUCAUCUCAAAUUAGUUGACAAACUAACAAUGGAGUCUCUGUUAUCACAAACACUAAACCAAGUAAUAGAUCCCACCCCGUCAGUUCUUCUUAUCACCAUCUCUCUUCUAGUUGUAGUCUACCUCAUCUCACAAUGGUUUAAACCGCUCUACCCUCCCGGUCCCAAAGGCCUACCCGUAAUUGGAAAUAUGCUAAUGAUGGACCAACUCACACACCAUGGUCUAGCCAAGCUAGCCCAUAAAUACGGUGGUUUGUUCUAUUUACGAAUGGGAUUUCGUCACGUGUUUGCCAUCACAUCACCUGACGUCGCUCGACAAGUCCUCCAAGUCCAAGACAUCAGCUUCUCGAACCGGCCCGUGAAUGUAGCCAUAAACUACUUAACCUACGAUCUAGCCGACAUGGCCUUCGCUCCUUACGGACCCUUUUGGAGAGAAAUGAGGAAAGUGUGCGUCAUGAAGGUGUUCAGCCGGAAACGGACCGAGUCAUGGGCCUCGGUCCGUGAAGAAGUAAACAAUAUGGUCCGGUCUUUUUCUAGCAACGUCGGUAAGCCCGUUAACGUUGGAGAGCUCAUUUUCACAUUGACACGGAACAUAACGUACCGAGCGGCGUUUGGUGCGGCCUGCGAGACAGAACAAGACGAGUUCAUAAGGAUCUUGCAAGAGUUCUCAAAGCUAUUUGGAGCAUUCAACAUCGCGGAUUUUAUACCGUUCCUAGGGUGGUUUGAUUUUCAAGGGAUAAACAAGAGGCUUGUUAAGGCUCGUAACGAUCUUGACGGGUUCAUCGAUGAAGUUAUCGAUGAGCAUAUGAAGAAGAGGGAGACUGUAAACGUUGAUGAAGAUACAGAUAUGGUGGAUGAUCUACUUGCGUUUUAUAGCGAGGAUUCAUCAACUAAUCGUAAUAAGAACACCGUAAAACUCACACGUGAUAAUAUCAAAGCCCUCGUCAUGGAUGUUAUGUUUGGAGGAACGGAGACAAUGGCGUCAGGGAUCGAAUGGGCUUUGACAGAGCUUCUACGUAACCCAGCUGAACUCAAACGGCUCCAACAAGAGCUCACCGAGGUCGUGGGUCUUGACCGACGCGUGGAUGAUACUCACCUCGAGCAACUAACAUUCCUAAAAUGCACACUCAAAGAAACCAUGAGACUCCACCCACCGAUCCCACUCAUCCUCCACGAGGCUAUUGAGGACACAAAGCUCCAAGGCUUCUUUGUUCCCAAAGGCUCACGCUUGAUGAUCAAUGCCUUCGCUAUCGCACGUGACCCGAAGUUGUGGGUUGACCCGGAAGCGUUUCGACCUUCUAGGUUUAUGGAACCGGGUAUGCCUGAUUUCAUGGGGACUAACUUUGAGUUUAUACCCUUCGGGGCAGGUCGGAGAUCGUGUCCGGGAAUGCAACUUGGGCUUUAUGCGAUGGAGGUGGCUGUGGCUAACAUCAUUCACUGUUUCACGUGGAAGUUGCCUGACGGGAUGAAACCAAGUGAGCUCGACAUGAGCGACGUCAUGGGUCUUACCGCUCCCAGAGCCACGCGAUUGAUCGCAGUGCCUGACACGCGCCUCAUCUGUCCGGUGUAUCCUUGACCAUGGAGAGAGUUUUACUGCUCUAUUCAGGAUUAAUGGUUCAAAAGUUUUGUCUUCUCUCUUAAGAUCUUGCUAUCUUUAAAAAAAUAUAUAUAUAUGUUUUUCCACAUUGGGCAUGCUUUGUUUUUUGUUCACAGGGGAUUUUCUUCCUCAAAAUGUAACUGUAAAUAAAUAAUAAAUAGGGUAAUAAGGUUUUUAGUAAUUAAACUCUUCGAUUAAAGAUGAAUGGUAAAUAAACCCCUCAACUAAAAUUUUGACGAAGAAAACCCUUAACUUUAAUUUCGUUAACGUUUGUCACCCUUCGUCACAGUAUUUUAGACGAGGGUGACAGACAUUAACGAAAUUAAAGUUGAAGAUUUUUUCGUCGAAUUUUUAGUUGAGGGUUAUUUUGCGAUCCAUCUUUAGUUGAAGAGUUUUAUUACUAAAUGCCAUUAAAUAUUUUGAAAUAUUUACUAUCAUUUAUGCAUUAUUUAAAAUUAUGUGUUUUCUUGCACAAUGUGCAGUAAUAAAAUUUUUUAAUUUAAAUUAUAUUUAAAAUAAUUUUAUUAAUAUUUUAUUAUUUUCUUACCAAUA